CGGCCACCGUUUCGCUUCUCACGCGGGCUCAGUAGUCGCCAGUACGCUUCAAGUUGCGAUUUACCAGUAUUUAAUUUACCCGGCUGGCGAGGGACAAGUCACCGCUGGCGACCAACUAGCAUGCUUUGUUCCAGUCGCCUGCUGCAGAAUUUCCCGCAGACGCGCACCUUUGCAGCUUCUUCGGUCUCUUACAGGAACAGGGCCGUAGUCUACAGAAAGAACGGCGAUCCGUCCGAGGUGCUUUCCCUCCUCACGUUCCCAGACCUACCACCACCGCCACCCAACACCGCGAACGUCCGCUUCCGUCUCUCCCCCAUCAAUCCAGCUGAUAUCAAUGUCAUAGAAGGGGUGUAUCCAGCCAAGCCUGUCCCAUUUGACCUUCUUUCUCAAGAUGCACCUCUCUAUGUUGGCGGCAACGAGGGUUUGGCUGAGGUCGUACAGGUUGGCGAGGGCGUGAGGGAGUUGAGGAAAGGUGACUGGGUGGUGAUGACCAAACCUCAAAUGGGGACGUGGACGUCAGCUAGGAAUGUCGACGUUCUGAAUGUCCUCAAGAUACCCUCCGACUUGGAGGAGGCACAGGCGGCUACCCUCACUGUCAACCCACCUACGGCCUACAAUAUGUUGCACGAUUUUGUCAAGUUAGAAAAGGGGGACUGGGUAGUCCAGAAUGGUGCGAACAGUGCCGUUGGCCAGGCUGUGAUUCAAAUUGCCGCAGCGAAGGGAUGGAAAACGCUUAAUUUCAUUCGAGAUAGGGAGGACGUCGAAUCGCUAACAGGAUAUCUGAAGGACCUGGGUGCCACCCAGGUCGCAACGUACAACCAACUCUCUGACAAGGGAUUCAAGGACCAGAUCAAAACGUGGACCGGAGGACGGAGUAUCCGGCUUGGACUCAAUUGUGUUGGCGGUCGAGCUACAACGAUGAUGGCACGGCUACUUGGUCAAGAUGCACAUCUGGUGUCAUACGGUGCCAUGUCCAAGGAGCCGUUAUCCCUUCCGACGUCGCUAUUUAUAUUUAAGAACCUAACGUGCCAUGGCUUCUGGCAAACUCAAUGGUACAAUAGAAAAUCUAGGCAAGAAAGGGAAAGAUUGAUGGAGAACCUGGUCGGAUUGAUGCGCCACGGCAAGCUCCUUGGCCCCGAACACGAGAUACUGGAGAUCGACGGCAGCGAGGGGGACGAGGAGAAGAUAUCUGAGGUGAUGAAGAGACUGCAGGGUGGCAGGUAUGGCAAGAAGGUGUUGCUGAAGGUACAAGCGUAAGCUGCUUACUAUAUGGGGUCGAUUAUGUAGUUGUGUAAUAGUCGAUCUAGGCGUCCGAAUUUGGGCAGGGUUGUG